AUGAAUCCCGAGAACGUUGACAUUUUAGUCCAAGCAGCAUGCCUACUGCACAAUAUACUCAUUGACAAUGAAGGGGUUCCAGCACACCCUGAAGAGAGUAUACACAACGAUAAAAUAUCUGUUUCAAGGCGCUACAACCAUUAUGGAGCAACAGCCAGUCGAGCAAGAGACAUUUUCAAGAAUUACUUUUUCAGCCCCGGAGGCGAAGUACAAUUCCAAUAUAGUAUUUUUACUAAAGAAGCUUUCUAG